AUGGCUACUAAAGUGCUGAUGAAGAUGCUGGUGCAAGAAGAAAAUCAAGAAAGUUCUUCAAGCCAUGAUGGUGUUUAUGAGACGAAGAUAGAUUCUCAACAGCACAAGGUGACGGUCAUUAGCAGCGUGGAUGCAGAAACGCUCAUUAAGAGGCUGACCAAGUCGGGGAAACACGUCGAGCUUUGGCCGGAAUUAAAGCCUGAGAAGAAGGACAAAAAGCCCGGCAAAACUAAUAACAACGACAAACAAAAAGACGGUGGAGUAGAAGCCGGUGCUGAUGAUAACCAUGGCCGAAAGAAUAAUAACUCAGCUGAGAAACCCAAACCUGCCGCUUCCAAAAACGGCGGAGCAUCCGCCGCCGCUGCUGUUAAAGGCUCUGCCAGAGAUAAACAGCAUCCAACAGGGGACCAAAUGGGGAGGCGAAAGCGAGGAACCGACCCACAAAGUACUUGUGGAGGCAAUAAAAAGAAAGAAAAAUUCAGGCCAAAAAGGCAACCCUGGUCCCAAGGCCGAUACACCACCCGGUGGCGACCAUGCCCGACCCGAUGCAUCAAUCGAUCUGAGCCCUCCGAAUCAGCCAAUGUACCCUCAAAACCUUUUCUCUACGGCUCUCCAUUUUGUGGGGUAAGCAAUUAUUACACCACUUGCCCUAACUCAACCUCUUCGUAUUUGCCCUACCAUGCAUUACGUGCCACCAGCUCCACCGUCUGAUCCGAACGAUAAAUUCAGUGAAGAUCAUUACUACUACUACGAUAAUGAUGAAAGUGGCUGCUCAAUCAUGUGAAACAAAAAGCUGUUUUACUUUUUAUUGGGGUUUGAAGGGUCUUACAGUUAUUGUCUUUACGUACUGUCUGUAAUUUCUUUUAGGGUUUCGUUAUUAAGAGCACUAUAAGCCCUCUUUAAGGGAUAUUGUAGGGCCUUAAAA